AUGAGCAGAGUAAAUCUCAUUGAAAAGAACUCUGAUUCUGAGUUAGUUCGAUAAGGAGAGGAUGGAGACUUCAAAAAUUUGUUUAAACUUGACAAUAUCCGAGAAGGGGUUUCUUUAGGACUUGUUUAAUAAUUAGGUGGAGAACAAGGAUUGGCAAAAAUAUUUUAAGUUGAUUUGAAGGUAUUAUUAAUUUUGAAUAGCAUAGAAAGGUGUACAAGAUGAAGAAUAAGCAAUUACACUGAGAAAUAGAUACGGAGCCAAUUUACCAAUAGUAAAAGAGUUAACACCUUUAUGGAAAUUAAUUGUAGAGUGUUUGGGGGAUACAAUGUUGUAAAUCUUAAUUGUUGCAGCUAUUGUAUCUACAAUAUUAGGGAUUAUAGAAGGUGAAGGUGGAUGGUAUGAAGGGUAAAUUUAUAAUUAGAUAAGUUAGCUUAACAAUAUUUUUGGCAAUCUUCUUGAUCAUUGGAAUUACAGCCGGUAACAAUUAUGCCAAAGAGAGACAAUUUGCUAAAUUAUAAUCGAAGCUUGAUGAGGGACAUGUUUAAGUAAAGAGAGGAGGAAGCAUAAUAACAAUAAACAAUAAGGAUAUUGUUGUUGGUGACGUCUUGUUAUUUUAAUUAGGAGAUAUUUUUAAUGUGGAUGGUAAGUAUUAGAUUUGAUUUUAGGAUUAUAUUUAAGUGGUAGUGAAGUAAAGAUAGAUGAAUCAGCAAUGACAGGGGAGUCGGAUGAAAUGUCAAAGGCAUCAGUUGAAGUAUGUUUGAAAGAUUAGAAAGGCAAAUCUCCAUUUUUAAUGUCAGGAACAAAGGUUAAUGAAGGAACAGGAGUAAUGUUGGUUUUGUAAGGUAAUGAGAUAAAAAAUUAAAUUAUUUUUAGUGGGUGAUAAAACAGUGCAGAAUGAAAUGAAGAAAUUAGGUGAAAGUGAUAANUAUAUAAUAAUCUAAUUAGAAAUGAGUGAUAAUAUUUAUAAAAAGAUAUUAAUUAAUUAAUUUUUAUUUCAAUUUUAACAUCAAAUCUGA